AGACACUGUAAAACGUUUAACGUGACAAAAAAAGGCAUAUAAAAAAGGCAUGUCUUUUUUAAAUAAAUCGCAAAACAAAAUCGUAAACAAAACGUGUAUCUUCCCCUAAUAAAAUACAUAGUAGUUGCGUUUACAAGGUCUCCAAAAACAACUUCUGUAAAGUUUAAUGAGCUCAUUUUCCUGAUAUGUUGUAACGUGCGCGUUUCACAUUCAGGCCAAUGAACUUUCAAGAAAAGCGUUCGCUCCGUUCCACCUUAACAGGACUGUUGAGUCUGUCAGAAAUAUGGCGCUCUGAUAGAGACUCUCCCUCCCUUAAAACACACACACACACACACACUCUCACACACUCACACAGAGUCUGUGUUCUACUGACAGAUAACAGGAAACUUGAGGCUGUCAAAAGAUCACACAGAGCCCGUCACUUCACUUAUGAGCGCCGUUUACACUACAAAUACCGUUUCUGCUGUGCAGGAGGCGCGUUCGUCUGCAAAGCCCGCUUUAAAACAAGAAAUAUGUCAGUGAACCAGAAAUUUGUGAGUCCUUUCCACAGACCGCACUGUUUAUCAGCCGCUGCGCCCGCCGGACAAGCCAAACUCACACACCCUGGAAAGGCCAUUUUAGCUGGUGGGAUUGCUGGCGGCAUUGAAAUCUGCAUCACGUUUCCUACAGAGUAUGUGAAAACUCAGCUACAGUUAGAUGAGAAGGCAAACCCGCCUCGCUACAAAGGCAUCGUGGACUGUGUAAAGCAGACGGUGCAUGGUCAUGGGGUGAAGGGUCUGUACCGCGGUCUGAGCUCUCUGCUCUAUGGCUCCAUUCCCAAAGCUGCAGUGAGGUUUGGGAUGUUUGAAUUCCUCAGUAAUAAGAUGAGGGAUGAGUCUGGGAAGCUGGACAGCACGCGGGGCUUGAUCUGCGGUCUGGGAGCAGGAGUGGCAGAGGCUAUAGUCGUGGUGUGUCCUAUGGAGACUAUAAAGGUCAAAUUCAUCCACGAUCAGACCUCAGCGAACCCGAAGUACAGAGGAUUUUUCCACGGCGUGAGGGAAAUAGUCAGAACACAAGGACUCAAAGGAACCUAUCAGGGACUGACCGCAACAGUACUGAAGCAGGGCUCAAACCAGGCCAUCCGAUUCUAUGUAAUGACUGCUCUCAGAAACUGGUACAAAGGCGAUAACCCCAAUAAGACUAUUAACCCCUUUGUGACCGGAGCAUUUGGAGCCGUUGCUGGAGCCGCAAGCGUGUUUGGAAAUACACCACUGGAUGUGAUCAAAACGAGAAUGCAGGGAUUGGAAGCUCACAAAUACAAGAACACAGUUGACUGCGCCAUGAAAAUCAUGAAACACGAAGGACCGGCUGCAUUCUACAAAGGCACCGUGCCCAGGUUAGGCCGGGUCUGUAUGGACGUGGCUAUAGUGUUCAUAAUCUACGAGGAAGUGGUUAAAUUUCUUAACAAGGUGUGGAAGACGGAUUAAUGGAGGCGUGGUGCUGAUGGGCGGAGUCUGGCCUUCAUGACAUCAUACCCGUGUGACAACAAAGAGCCUUUACUCAGCAGCCAAAAUAUCUGCCAACGGCAGACGACACAGAAAGUCACUGGAAUGUGCUUAAUUAUCAUCAUUUAAUCAACAGAGAGAGAGAUUUUCCCAACUAAUGUGAGAAAGAAACCAAAUACUUGAAAACUAGUUUUUACCCCAAAGACCAAUUUAAAUAUUAGACUUUUUUUUUAAAUGUUUUUUUAUGGAAAAUAACAUCUUUAGGGAGACUCACUCAAAUUUUAUUUUAUUUUUUAAACAUUAGGUAUCAUAGAAAAUUUUAUUCUAGUUUUAACAAUAUUAUUUUCAAAAGUGCAAUUUACCAGCAAAUAUUGUAUGUUGCCAUUGUACGUAUUUUAAUUUUGUUUUCCUCACAUGUAAUUAUGUACUAAGUGCUGAGGGCCUAAUCUAAACACCGUGCAACUUAAGAAACAGAAUAUGCAGUUUAGACAAAUCUUAACCUGUAAUCUAAAAUGCAUAAAUUAACCUCAUCUAAAAAAAUCACCAAAGCUUUUAAUUGUGGGAUAAAAAUGUGUUUUAUACUCUAUACAGUACUUGUCAAACGCUUGGAAACAUUACAAUUUCUAAAUGUUUUUAAUGAAGUCUCUUCUGCUCACUAAGGCUGCAUUUUAUAAGCUCAAAAAUACAGGGAAUAUUGUGAAAUAGUAAUACAAUUUAAACAGCAAAUCAGCAUGUUAGAAUGAUUCCUGAAGGAUCGUGUGACACUGAAGACUGGAGUAAUGAUGCUGAAAAUUCAUCUGUGCAUCACAGCAAUAAAUUAAAUUUUAAGAUAUAUUCACAUAGAAAAUGGUUAUUUCAAAUUCUAAUAAUAUUUCACAAUAUUACUGUUUUACUGCAUUUUUGAUCAAAUAAAUGCAGCCUUGGUGAGGAGAAGAAACUUCAUUAAAAAUAUUUUAAAAUUGACAAGUAUUAGUGGUACAUACGAUACAUGCACUUUGACAUUUGGUAGUAAUCCAGGUUUAGUGAUUAUUUUAAGUGCCUAUAUUAAUAUACAUCAUAUAAUCUAUUUUUUUGUAAUUCUGCUUGUUUACAUUAAAUCAUUUCCACGAUUUGUGUAUAAUUAAACCCUGCUGUAACAGUAUAGCAUAAGAACAGUGACAUACACAAUAACUGUACACCUCAAUCUCUGAAAUCAACACCACAACACACGCUGUGCAUUUAAAAACUGAACAGAGUUGUUUCACCCAAGCAAGCGUCACCAAAGAGCCAGAUGACUCAAAUACAAUGUUUACUUCUUUAACAUGAGUUGAAUGUUGGAAAUGAUGUGAAAAAGGUCAACGGAUCUGGCCAGAGCCUCUAAAAAGCUGAUCGCGGAUCAGUCCAUGCCUUAAAGACGAUUCCUCUUCUCCUUCUGCUCUCCUACCUCAAGAUGCUCUCACAAAUCUGUAAAAACUGACAACAGAGGUGAAAUAUUCAGACAUGGUAUAAAGCGAAUUUUCACUUUUCAGCGUUGUUUUCAAAACUCUGGCUUGUUUUUCACAGCAGACCAGAGAACUCGAGUGGCUUAACUUGUAGUAUGCAACUGUUUUAGAGUUUAGAAAUACUAAAUGGCUUGUAUUUUGCCUUCACCGCAUGCCACGUGGGAGAGUAACAGUCUUGAAUGUACAGUUUUGAAGAGGUUUGACUCUGAAAAUGAUCAUUUGUGCCUGUGGUUCUUGACUCUUUACAGACAUGUUUUAGACAUACUGUAAUGCCAUAUGUCUAAACGAGACCGUGUUGCAGCCAAAUCUUGAUCUAGUGUUUAUUUGACAUUGUCAACAGUAAGGCAUAGGCGACCCAUGUUGGGCCAGGAAACAGCAGUGGAAAUAAACAUAGGGUUUUAUUGUUGUGUUUCUGUGCAAGUCAUCAGAAUGCAUUCCAAACGUGUGACCUAAAACAUGCAUUAAUUGUCAUGCUAAUGAAAAAAUAAUGUGCCUUCAGUUCGUGUUCUAAUUCAGAAUAAAUUAUGCUGACUG